CUCAUUUGAAGCCCCCAUGAGUGUGAAACUUUGACUAUGGACACUCUCCUAUAAACCAUUCUUCCGGAUCUUCUCAUUGUAUAGACAUUCAUCCACCACCUGCCAAUGCACUGCCGCCAAAGCGCCUCAGAGCUUUUCAACUGAUUCCUCCUGGACACUGUCAUCAUGCCUUCUCUCCUCAUUAUCGUCCUGAUCAUUCAUGUCGUGACCUAUCUAAUUAACACAAUUGGCGCUAAUACCAUAGACAGUCUGCUAUGGUUACUCUAUCUCAAACUUCCCAACCAGACAUCGCAAACAGCGGACGAGCAAAGGCGGCUGAAGCGGGAAGUCAUGCAGCUCAAACGAGAAAUGAAUGCCACGAGUUCGCAGGAUGAGUUUGCCAAGUGGGCUAAAUUAAGAAGACGUCACGAUAAGACUAUGGAAGAGUACGAGGCGAAAAAUAAAGCGCUUGGCAAGCACAAGUCCUCGUUUGACUUAGCAGUUAAAUCGGUUAGAUUCUUCAGUACCACUGGUUUGAAGCUUUUCCUUCAGUUCUGGUUCUCGAAAACACCGAUAUUCGAACUUCCUCGUGGAUGGAUCCCAUGGCAGGUUGAAUGGGUCCUGUCUUUCCCACGAGCGCCGUUGGGCACCGUGAGCAUACAAAUCUGGGGCGGCGUAUGCGCGACUGUCGUCUCCCUUGCGGGAGACGCUAUUGGUGUUGUGAAUGUGUACUUGACUUCUAAAGCCCCUAAACAGAAAGAGCCGGCGACAUCAGGAGAAAACUCUGCACGGCCUAUGGCAAUAAAAAAAGAACUAUGACGACAAAAGAAUUAUGCUUAUGAUCCUUUAAAAUGCGUUGUUACGUAUGUACAUUAAUAUUGAUGAUUAUUUAAGACACGCCUGGAAGAAACACAAUUAAAAUUAAAAUCAGGCAUGGCAUGUCCUGCCGAGGUGAACUGUUCAUCAG